AUGGAGCAGCUGUCUUUGCCUGCCUCAAGUGUGGUACCUGAAGUACUGGGAGCUUGCUCCGUGAAGGUACGGCUGAACAGCCCCCCGGGGCAGGAAACCUCCGGUGUCCUGCUCCCGGAGCUGGAGGGGAGGGACAUGCUCCUCCACUGGAAGAUUGUAGAUGGGAGUCCUAUGCCUGGAGCUGGUCUGACUGACCCAUACUUUCAGGUGGAGGAGCUGAAUGAAAAGCUGACCCAGCACGAGAAGGCUGUCCAAACCCAGGAGCAGAGAGUUAAGGUGCUGGAAGGGGAACUGCAGGCAGAGGCCACCCACCAGCAGGAGAAGGUGGCAGAGCUUCAGGCACAGCUCACCCAGAAGGAACAGGCAGCCAAGCACUACAAAGAGCAGAUGGAGAAAGCAAAAAUGUGCUAUGAUGCAGAGAAGCAGCAGAACCAGGAUCUGGCAGAGAAGCUGAAGGCCAUGGAGCAACUGCAGAAAGAGAAUGCGGAGCUGCGGAUGGAGUCAGAGAGGUUGGCCAAGGAGCUGGAGCAGAGCAUCCUGCAGGUCAGGGAGUCAGAACUGAGCUGCCAGAACCUCACCAGCCAGGUCUGCAGUCUGGAGGCUCAGGUGGAGCUUGCCAAUCAGCAGCUACAGGAGCUUGGCAAGUUCCAGGGGGCAGCAGACACGCUGAAGGGCCAGGAGACUUUCUGCCAGAACCCUGCUGAUCUCAGCACUGACAGCCUUGACCUCGGCGUUGGUGAAGCACAGCCACUUAAUGCCACCAGGAAGGCUGGCUGCCCACAGCUGGAGGCCUCGGUGCCACCAGGCAAUGAAGAGUCACUGGCAUCCAAGCAGCUGCCCCGCAAGGCAGAAUCCCUGGAGAGCCUCCACUUCGCUCCUCGCCACAGCCACAGGCAACUCCACCUGGGGACCAGUGCCCACUCCCUGGGUGACCUCUCGCUUCACUCCAGGGACAAGACCCCACCGACCUUGAAAGUGAGUGCCCGGCCCGUCGCUGCCGACACCAGCCGCCCCGAGCGCUCGGCCAGCGCCGCCGGCGCUGCCCGGAUCCAGGCCGCAGCAGAGGGGCAGCGGCGGGGAGCCCGCUGCACCCGCACCGAGCGCGGCAGCUGCUGCGGGCGCUUCCCAGCCCCGGCCCUGCGGAACGAGCCGCGGCGGCCCUGGCGGCAUCGUCCUUCGCCGCCCCCCGCCAGCGCCCGCUCGGUCCCGAACACGGCGCUGCGCAGCCCCGCGGCUCCCGCCGGAGGGACGCGGCCGCCAGCCAGCCCGGGCGGGGGGUCGCGCUGCGGGAAGCGCCCAGCGGCUCACCCAGGCAGGGCGGGCGACCCGCUGCUGCCCCCCCGGCAGGGCCGGGCCCGCGCCCGGAGGGCACAGCCCGAGCGCCCGGACGGUGGCGAACCCCGCUCGGUCGCCCGCGCCCCGAUGCGAGUCGGGGAGUCACAGCGCAGGGGUCACGGCGCACCGGGGCGGGAGCCGCACGCUGCGGCUCCGCACCGGGAGACGGUGAGCCUCUGCCCCGCCGCAAGCAAACGAGGGAGCGGGAUAAAGUCUUCGUCGGCGCCUUACCGGGGGCGUGCCGGGUUGAAUCCGCCAUGA